AUGGAUGAAUUCGAUUCAGUUGCUCGCAGUCUAUCAAGUAUCCGUCUAUUGGAUAAUGAAACUUGGCUUACAAGGAGGACGACUUUGCCAAAUUCAAUAAAUAUGACAAAAGCUGCUAUACAAGUAGAAUCUAGUUAUUUAUAUCCAGGGAUUGUAAAAGGGUAUCUGUCUCCUCUAAACUGUACUGAAAUGAAUGGGAUCAUAAAUAACCGCCGAGCCGUAGGACUAAUAGUGGAAGGGCAUAAGGAGGCAGGAAGGUUAAAAGAUUCUAAGAUGCGAAGAUUUUUCAACGGGUUGAGGCAAGAUAAAGAAUCAAAUAAUGCUACUAAAUUUCUGUUUGUGGUCACAGUUUCACCUAAGGUUCCAGUUGCGGAACUUUCCCUUGCGUCCUGGUGGUUAAGCUUAAUGGCAAAUAAGUCAGACUAUGCAGAGAGAAAACGGUUCCUUGAGAUGCUUAAUAACGAUCAAUUAAUAGAAACCUACAAAAGUACGUUUGAUAAGCCAUUGGAACAAUUUCAUUUUCUGUUAAAUCUGAAUACUCCAACGCAAUUAGGAAAUAUCGCCAAAACAAGAGAUAUUCUAAGAUCAGUAUCGGAACAUACAGGUGUAUGCUUCAAUAUAUUGGAUAAUACUUUAAUGAAUUUUGUUUCUGACAUACCAUCUUUGGUCGUGGUAGAUUCCAGAAGCCCAGAUAUUUCUAUUAAGAUGGCUAGUGGCAUGCCAACUUGUGUAGCAGUAAGAUGCAAGUGCGCUUCGGAGUUGUAUCGCUCCAUAAAAUUGCUUGAGGAAAUGAGCAAUCCAUCUGUAUAUCCCACAAUUUCUCAAGAAGGCAUGCCCAUAUGUGUUCAUACUACCGGAAACCAGGAUGGAUUAUUAUGUGUCGACUACUCUACAGAAAUCGAAGAUGAGGUGCUCAGGUUGCUAGCGAGAGGUAUCACUCUGCCGAAAAUCCUACUAAAAAUUGGUAUCAAUGACAUUGCAGGCUUCUGCCAAAGCUGGACUGAUAGCAUGCUGAGAACUUACCUUGUCGGUAUCGAACUUGAAUGCAUUUGUUCUCAUUUUACCAACUACAUUGAAGACGAUAUGCCGGAAGAAUACAUGACAGAAAGAAAGGUUUUGGGUAAUAUCUUCUCAGGAACUAACAAUAACUCCAAUGCUGGUAAAUUAAACUGGUUUAAGUCGAUCUUUAGGUACCCAAAAGAGGGUAGUGCUGAACAACCAGACUCAACUAUGGACCAAAAUUUUGAAAAGCUUUUAGAAAUCAAAGAAAAUAUAAGCAAAUUCUCAACAAUACUGAAUUUGCUUAAUACCACUCUCAGCGAAAAUUAUAAUUAG